GUGAAGGAGUUGGGGGCGGGGCUUGAGCCUGUGACAGAUGAGCGGUAGAGUGGGAGCAGAUCAGCAGCGGAUUCUCACUAAAGUCUUACUGAACUACUAAUAAACUACUAAAAACUACAGUUAAACUACAGUAAACUCCGCGGGAUUAUCUGUACAGAUGUCUGAGAGAGUGAGCGCGCGGAGAGAGGAGCGGGACCGGCUCUCUGUUCACUAAAAACGCAGCACUGGUUAUGGAGCAGCACAUUAGUGACGACGAACCACCAGCAGUUCCCAGAGAAGAAAACAACAAGAGGAGGAGAAGAAAAAUGAAAGCGUUUACAUCGGCUACGUCCGUACCGGUGGAUCAUUUAGUCAUGGAGUUCGUUCUUCCAACCACUAAUAAAACUACCAAGAACCCGGACACGGUGCAGCUGGAGGUUCUGGGAAACUGGACCGUAGAGCAGGUGAAAGCUCAGCUGUGGUUGAGGGCCGUGGCGACAAACCUGUGUCCCGAAUUCUACCAAAAGUUCUCGCCUGAUCACACCAUCCUGCUUUACCAGAAGAAGGGAAGCUGGUGUGAGAUCUACGAUAAACACCAAGUGUUCCAAACACUGGACUGUAUUCGCUACUGGAAAGCCUUAAAAAAGGAGAUUGGAAAAAUUCAUCUGGUCCUGAGGCCACAAUCCUCUGAAGAGUCCGUCCAGUACCAGAAGUUUCUGAACCAUCUCAUAGGAUAUGAUGUAACAGAUGUGAGUAACGUCCAUGACGAUGAGCUGGAGUUCACGAGGAGAAAGUUACUCACGCCAAGAAAAAUCGAACUGGCUGAUCGAGACCCUAAACUUUACUCCAUGGAUCCUUGGAUAACCACAAAAACCCUACCGGAUUACUUGCUCAGCAAGAUCACAAACGGUUACAUCCUGCUCGUCAUACACAUCGGUACGUCCAGUCAGACGAUAAAGGUGUCCAUCGAUGACACACCUGUUCAGGUGCUUCAGAGCUUUUUCACCAAGAUCGCCAACAAGAGGGCGCUGCUCGGGAUACCGGAGGAGGUCAACGAGUCGGACUUUGUUCUGAGAGUUUGUGGACGGGAAGAAUACAUCUAUGGAAACUACGCCAUCAAAGACUUCCACUGGAUACGACAGUCCCUCAAAAGCGGAGAAGAGAUCCAUUUGGUGCUUGAACCUCCUCCCAACCCUGAACAAGACGGCGUCCAAAAGGAGGACUGGUCUCAGGUGGACGACUGCACGGGGGUGGCUGGCACUCACGAGCAGCUCACUAUUGAUGAGAAAGACCACGAGAAGGUGUUCACCAUAUCGCUCUGGGACUGCAACCGCAAGUUCAGAGUCAAAAUCUUGGGGAUUGACAUCCCGGUGUUGCCUCGUAACUCUGAGCUGAUCGUCUUCGUGGAGGCCAGCGUUUUCCACGGGCAGCAGCAGCUCGCCUACGAGAGGACCUCCCCCAAGCCCUUCACUGAGGAGGUGCUGUGGAACACCUGGCUCGAGUUCAAUAUCAAGAUCAAGGACUUGCCCAAAGGUGCUCGGCUGAACCUGCAGGUAUCCUGCAGCAAAGCCCAAACCCAGACCUCCAGAGACAGCGCCGUGCACGACAGCAAAACCAAGAGUCGCCUGCUCUACUACGUCAACCUGCUGGUGAUCGACCACCGGUCCCUGCUGAGACAGGGCGAGUUCAUCCUGCACAUGUGGAAGAUGCCGGAGAAGAGCGCUGAGGACAGCAGCGUCAACGCCGACAAGCUAACAUCAGCCACCAAUCCGGAUAAAACCAGCUCCAUGGCCAUCGCUGUGCUCCUGGACAAGUACUGCUACCCGGUCGCUCUGCCGAAGAGCAGGGAUUCUCGAGAUUCCUCCGACAUGGAGGGCGAGAGGGGAAAACGAGAGAUGCCCAAUCACUUACGCAAACAGUUCGAGCAGAUCGUGGCGACUGACCCUCUGCACCCUCUGAGUUCUGAGGAUAAGGAACUCCUCUGGCACUUCCGGCAGGACUGCAUGCGUCAUCCCUCAGCCUACCCGAAGUUUCUCGGGUCUGUAAAGUGGGGGAAGCAGGAGGAUGUGAUGGCCACCCACCAGCUCCUGGAGAGGAGCACCACGUGGGACCGCAGCCCUCUGGACGUGGGUUUAGCGAUGCAGCUGUUAGACUGCCACUUCUCCGACGCCAACGUGCGAACCACGGCUGUCCGAAAACUAGAGACUCUGGGUGAUGAUGAUGUCCUGCGGUAUCUCCUGCAGCUGGUUCAGGCUGUGAAGUUUGAACCGUAUCAUGACAGUGCUCUCGCCCGGUUCCUGCUGAAGCGAGCUCUCAGGAGUAAGCGUAUUGGGCAUUUCUUGUUCUGGUUCCUGCGCAGUGAGAUCGCUCAGUCGAUGCACUAUCAGCAGAGGUACGCGGUGAUUUUGGAGGCGUUUUUGCGGGGCUGCGGCGAGGUGAUGCUGCAGGACUUCAGUAAACAGGUGGAGAUCACUGAAGCUCUGCAGAAGAUCACCCGUGAGAUCAAAGCCAUGUCUGCUGAGAAAUACGACGUUUCUCCACAAGUUGUUUUACAGCUGCGUCAGAAGCUGGACAGCCUGCAGUCGUCUGGUUUACCGGAGAGCUUUAAAGUACCGUUUGAUCCAGGGCUGAGAGCAGGAGCUCUGGUGAUUGAACAGUGUAAAGUUAUGGCGUCUAAGAAGAAGCCGCUGUGGCUGCAGUUUAAGAGAGCCGACCCCACCACUCUAUCCAGCGACACCAUCGGGAUCAUCUUUAAAGAUGGAGAUGAUCUCCGUCAGGACAUGCUGAUACUGCAGAUUCUGUUGAUUAUGGAGUCGAUAUGGGAAACGGAAUCAUUAGAUCUCUCCUUAUUGCCUUAUGGUUGUAUCUCCACCGGGAAUAAAAUUGGAAUGAUUGAGAUCGUGAAGGAUGCUACGACUAUAGCUAAUAUCCAGCAGAGCACUGUGGGAAACACUGGAGCUUUUAAAGACGAGAUCCUGAACCAGUGGCUGAGAGAUAAGUGUGUGAGCGAGGAGAAGUAUCAGCAGGCGGUGGAUCGCUUUGUGUUCUCGUGUGGAGGAUACUGCGUCGCCACCUACGUCCUCGGGAUCGGAGACCGCCACAACGACAACAUCAUGAUCACAGAGUCCGGAAAUCUUUUCCACAUUGAUUUCGGACACAUUCUGGGAAACUAUAAGAGCUUCCUGGGGAUCAGUAAGGAAAGAGUUCCUUUCGUUUUAACCCCUGAUUUUCUGUAUGUGAUGGGAACGACGGGAAAGAAGAGCAGCCCCAAUUUCCUCAAGUUUCAGGACGUGUGUGUGAGGGCGUAUCUGGCUCUGAGGCAUCACACGAACCUGCUGAUCAUCCUGUUCUCGAUGAUGCUGAUGACGGGGAUGCCGCAGCUCACCAGUAAGGAGGAUAUAGAGUAUAUCCGGGAGGCUCUGACGGUGGGCUGCUCCGAGGACGAGGCUCAGAAACACUUCCUGGAUCAGAUCGAGAUCUGCAGGGAUAAGGGCUGGACUGUUCAGUUUAACUGGUUCCUGCAUCUGGUUCUGGGCAUCAAACAGGGAGUAGAGAAACGAUCAGCCUGAUCACAAACAACCAGCCGAGUCUCUCCUAAAACAAGAGUUUUAACAGCAAAUUUCACUUUUUAAACCCGUCGGAGUUUUAUACCGUAUUGCUUCAUGUUUUUACAGCAUUUUAUAAAAACGCUUUAUAGUGUAAAUUUAUAUUAAAGAGCCAAAGACGCUUCUUUUAAAUUGAUGCUACAGAAGAAACGCAUUCAGUGGCCAAAUUAUCCUUAAUGUACAUAAAUACUAAUUUUAAAAAUAGAAGAUUAAGGAGCGGAAACUAGUUGUUUUAUUACUUAUUAUAAAUUAUCUGUUACUGAAUCAGACCUGAAGGUUUUUUCUUUACAGAUAAACCAAAUAGUAAACCAAAGUCACAAUUUUAACUAUAUACAUUUUGAGCAAAAAAACUUGCCCUUAAAUGUUUUUGUACACUUUCAUGCCAAAGGUCAUGUUUGUUAAGAAGGUGUAUAAGGUGUGAGGUCUUAUCUUAUGAGUAAGAAGCAGCCUCAAUAACAGGAGAUGGAGCGAGGCCUGAUAGUUGGUGCCAAAAGGACGAUACAUUCUGUUUCUGAAGUUCUGCAGGUAUUUAAUAUAAAAUGUAAAAAUUUACAGCUCUGUAAAAAAUAAGACAGCAUUUAAAAGUGAUGAGUUUCUUUGAUUUUACCAAAUUAAAAACCUCUGGAAUAUAAUCAAGAGGAAGAUGGAUGAUCACAAGCCAUCAAACCACCAAACUGAACUGCUUGAAUUUUUACACCAGGAGUAAAGCAGCAUAAAGUUAUCCAAAAGCAGUGUGUAAGACUGGUGGAGGAGGAGAACAUGAUGCCAAGAUGCAUGAAAUUAAACUGUGAUUAAAAACCAGGAUUAUUCCACCAAAUAUUGAUUUCGGGAAUUUGGGAGAAAUGUUGUCUGUAGUUUAUAGAAUAAAACAACAAUGUUCAUUUUACUCAAACAUAAACCUAUAAAUAGUAAAAUCAGAGAAACUGAUUCAGAAACUGAAGUGAUCUCUUUAUUUUUUACAGAGCUGUAUAUAUAUUAAAACAUUAUUUUAAAUUUGUAUUUUGUUAUUUGGUGCAGUUUGAUUGGUUUCUAUGAUGAAUCCUGGAGAGGCUUUAUAGUCUUCAGGUGUUUUGUUUUUAAUAUUUCUCUACCAUAAAACUUUUAAUACCAAAAACAGCUUUUAUAAAUGUAGUUUUUAAAUCUUAUCUAUACAUCUCAUCUAAUUAUUCAUAUAUAAACUGGAAAAAAUAUUUUAUUAAUUUGCUUUUGUAUGUUUAAUAUACAGGAUAAUAACAGCAGCUGCAGUGUAUUUAUCUUUUUAUAACUGUAAUUGUUUCUGUAACAUUAGGAGGAUGUUUUUAAAUCUGUUUUAUACUUUUGAUGAUUCCAAUCAUCUGUUUGUGUAUUCCUCUGUAUAAAUACAGCACAUAUAUUCAUAACUCAUAUUUCUGCUUAUUUAAAUACGCUGUAAUUUCAGGACUUACUGAAUUUAUUUUAGACAGAUUUUAAAAUUAAAACACAUUUCCCUUAGUUCUGUCAGAACACUCUUAUUUCUAAAGCAAUGCCCAAACCUGAUCAGGAGUCAAAUUUCAAAUAAAUUUUAAUCUAUAUAUUUAUAUUUAUAGUUCUGUGACUAAAUAUUUAUGGAGUUGAUCACUGUGUAUACUUUAGCACUUAGACCUUUUUACUGAGCAGAUAAAGUGUAAUUGACGAUGUAGAAACACAGAAAGAGAAAAUAACUGAGUUUAUUGAGACAAAAACUAUUUUAUUUUAAUGUACACCUCCUCUCACCUCCUCUCUGUUUAAAGCAAAAUAAAUGAGCAGCAGAUUGUU